AUGGCGCAAAGGUUCGGCGGCCUCCACCAGCGCGACUCCCGCAGCGCCCUCUUCGAAGGCUACUCGGGCGGCGGCGACGCGAGCCGACGCGGCGGCAGCCCCGCGGGCGGCUACGGCUACAACAACAACAACAAUAGCGGCAGCAGCAACACCGGCAGCCCCUCGCCGUACAACAGCUACAGCGCCUACGGCAACCCGAACCUCGGCGGCGGGCCGCCGGCCGGCUACCGGUCGGCGACGCCCAACCAAAAGGGCCAGUACAGCGACGCGGUGCUCAACGAGCUCGAGAGCCAAAAUGACGACCAGGUGGCGGGGAUCCUGGGCAAGGUGCGGGUACUAAAGGAUAUGACGGUGGCCAUUGGCGACGAGAUUCGCGAUUCGUCGGCGCUGGCGGAAAAGAUGAACAACACGUUUGACCAGACCCGUCUGCGCCUGCGCGGCACCAUGAACAGGAUGCUGCUCAUGGCCCAGCGCUCAGGCAUCCCGUGGAAGGUCUGGCUGCUCUUCUUCCUCGCCGUCGUUCUGGUCUUUACCUAUGUCUGGCUGUUCUAG